AUGGAGUUUUAUUAUCAAGGGAUCUAUCAGACUGGCUCUAACUCUUAUCCGAUUUCUAUAACAGCAGCCGAUAUAAAUAGCGAUGGCAACUCUGAUAUUAUUGUCGCAAAUGACGCUGAUAGUUUUGGUCGCAAUGUUAUGGUACUUCGCAGUAUAGACGAUGGAGCGUUUACCAGCGGAAUGGUCGUUGUAACUGGCAUUCGGCCGCAUCAGGCUUCGGUGAUAGCUGCCGAUAUGAAUGGGGACACCAAGCCCGAUAUUGUUCUCGCAAGCCAAGAUGCUAACACCGUCGUUGUUGUCUUCAAUAAAGGUGAUGGCAAGUAUGCUGAUCCACUAUUUUAUAACCGCAACUCCUACGUUGACUUUAAGUUUCUGGUAACAGGCGAUGUCAAUAACGAUGGCAACCUCGAUGUUAUUACUGCACUUGGUAACACUCUAAUCGGUGUUCUUCUAAAUGUGGGCGAUGGCACAUUUGCUGCGCAAGUGACCUAUUUGAGUAGUUACACAACUAAUGAGGGACCAAUUUGUGUGGCAACCGGUGAUGUUAAUAGCGACGGUAAUCUCGACAUUAUUUAUACAAGUACUAUUGACGGCAACAUCGGUGUUCUCAUCAAUACAGGCAAUGGCGAGUUUACUACUGCAGUGACCUAUUCAACUGAUUCUUCUCCGCAAUUUGUUAUAACAGCCGAUGUCAAUAACGACGGUAAACCCGACAUCAUUGUCUUAAGUCCUAAUGACAACGACAUCAGUAUUCUGCUCAACGAAGGUAAUGGCACGUUUGCUGCUCGAGUAUCCUACAAAACCGAUAUACCAGUAUAUGCAGUAGCAGUCGACAUCAAUAGCGAUGACAAAUUGGAUAUUAUUGUCGCUAAUAUUGGGGGUGGUGGCAGCAUCGGUGUUUUUCUUAACAUAGGUCAUGGUACGUUUAAUGAUAUCAUAAAGUAUCCAAUGGGACCUAGGUUUUCCCCGACAUCUGUUGCAGCAGCUGAUGUCAACGGUGAUAAUAAGCUCGACAUUAUUUUCUCAGAUGGUCAAAAUGGUGACGUCGGUGUUCUCCUUAGCAUGGAUAAUGGAACGUUUGCUGAUCAAGUGGCAUAUUGGGCUGGUUAUGGGCCAUCUUUUGUGCAAGUAAUCGAUGUUAAUGGUGAUAAUAAACCAGACAUUGUUGUUCAAAACGUUGACGACAACAAUGCUGGAGUUUUACUCAACACAGGUGACGGUACAUUUGCUGAUCAAGUGAUCUAUGCAACUGUCUAUAUGUCGAACAGUGCAGUAGUAGUCGAUAUCAAUGGCGACAGUAUGCCAGACAUGCUUGUCGGAGAUGUUUACGAGCACCACUUUGUCGUUCUUCUCAACACAGGCAAUGGCAUAUUUACUGACCCAAUAAGCUAUUCAGUUGAUACUCAUACCGAUGAUGGACCCGCUUCUGUAGCGGCGGCGGAUAUUAAUGGCGACAAAACGCUUGAUAUCGUUGUUGCAAACUAUAAUACUGACUCAGUCCGUGUAUUCUUUAACACAGGCAAUGAUCCAUUUGCAUCUCAAGCGACUUUUUUAGCUGGCUCUGGGCCGAAAUCUGUAGUAGCAGUUGAUGUUAAUGGCGAUGGCAAAUCCGACAUUAUUGUUGCAAAUUAUAAUGAUAACAGCGUCAGUGUCCUCCUCAACAAGGGCAAUAGCACGUUUGCUGAUCAAGUGACCUACUCAACUAAUUCUGGGCCAAAAACGGUGGCAGCAAUCGAUGUCAAUGGUGAUGGUAAACGCGACAUUAUUGUUGCAAAUUAUGAUGAUAAUAACGUCAGUAUCCUCUUCAAUAGGGGUGAUGGCACGUUUACCAGUCAAGUCGUGUAUGGAACUGGAUUUGGACCGAUAGAUAUGGUAGUAACCGAUAUAAAUGGUGACGACAAACCUGAUAUUAUUGUCGCACACUAUAACGAUUUCGAUUUUGGUAUUCUCCUCAAUAUAGGUAAUGGCACAUUUGGUGUUUACACGAGCCACAUGGGCUACUAUACACAAGCAGAUCAUCUACAUUCACUAGCAGUAGGCGAUCUUAAUGGUGAUGGUAAACUUGACAUUGUUGUUGGUUUAGAAAACUACCAUAUCAGUUCUUGGAUAAAUUCUUGUCUCAUUUAA